ACCAAGUUAAUCUAUUUGAGUCGAUAAACAACAUAGAGCUUCUAUUCUUCUCCCUAAUUCCUACGAGUCUCUGUGUUCGAUUUCCGACAAAGAAAAACCCUAAAUCCAUAUAUAUAUAUAUAUCCACUCUGUCCUCCCAUCGAAGCUUGUUUUGGGCAGGAUGGCAUUGCAAGAAAGCUUAGAUAGAUUCAAGAAGCAGCAAGAGAAGUGCCAGUCGACCUUGACGAGCAUUGCCUCUAAAAAGGCUGCAGCAAACCCCAGAGCUGUUCCCGUGGCAGCUGCUAGGGCUCCUGCUCCACCUAUCAAAUUUUCAAAUGAUACAGAGAGACUCCAACACAUUAAUAGCAUAAGGAAAGGUCCAGUUGGAGCUCAGAUCAAGCGUGUUAUAGACCUGCUUCUAGAGACAAGGCAGGCCUUUACUCCAGAGCUAAUUAAUGAAGCAUGUUAUGUUGAUGUGAAUGCCAACAAAGCUGUCUUUGACAGUCUGAGGAAUAACCCAAAAGUUCACUAUGAUGGGAAGCGCUUUUCUUAUAAGUCCAAGCAUGCCCUGAAGGACAAAAAUCAACUCCGGUCCUUAAUACGGAAAUUUUCAGAGGGCAUACCUGUCAUUGAUCUGAAGGAUUCAUACCCAACUGUGAUGGAGGAUUUGCAGGCUUUGAAAGCUGCGGGUGACAUAUGGCUACUUUCGAACUUCGAUUCACAAGAGGACAUUGCUUAUCCAAAUGACCCCAGGUUGCCUUCUACUAAGGUGGAUGAUGAGCUUAAACUUUUCUUCAGGGGGAUUGAACUGCCUCGUGAUAUGCUGGACAUAGAGAGGGAUCUUCAGAAGAAUGGUAUGAAGCCGGCCACAGACACUGCAAAGAGGAGGGCCGUGGCCCAGAGUCAAGGCAUUCAAGCCAAAUCCAAGCCCAAGAAGAAGAAGAAUGAGAUCAGCAAGAGGACCAAGUUGACCAAUGCCCAUCUUCCAGAGCUUUUCAAGGAUUUGAAAGGCUAGCUGAAGCCAUUACUGCAAUGGCAAUACACUGAUGGUUCUGUGCAGAGAUACAAAUAUCCAACUUGUUGUCGCAAGAAUUACAUUAAUAGGAAUGGUAAAUUUUGGAUCAUAGCAUUUACAAUCUCCACUGGAUUUCAUAUUAUGUAUGCCUCAUUCAUGCAAAACCAAUGGAUUGUGGAAUUUGAUCUGUGACUGUAAUGCACUCGUAUGUAUUUGACAUUUGACAUUCUCAAAAGAUAAAAUAAAGACAUGACAAAAGGUGGUGGUGUUUAUGUUGAAA